AUGCCUCAAGUCGUCGGACAAGAAGUCGGCCCCCACGGUUUCGGCCUCAUGGGCUUCACCUGGCGUGAAGAACCCACUGGGGAUGAACAGGCCUUCGAAGCUCUGCGCGCGGCCAUCGCGAACAACCUGACAUUUUGGAACGGCGGCGAGUUCUACGGCACACAAGAAGCCAACUCCCUCACUCUCCUGAAUCGAUACUUCGAAAAGUACCCCGAAGACGCAGACAAGGUCGUUCUCAGCAUCAAAGGUGCCUUCUCUAUGAAGUUCGGGCCCGACGGCUCGCCUGACGGUGUCCGUCGCUCGCUCGACAAUAGCAUCGCUCUACUCGGCCCUCGCAAGAAAAUCGACAUUUUCGAGUGCGCCCGUUGCGAUCCUAACACGCCCCUCGAAGUCACACUCGGUGUUAUUGACAAGGAGUACGUUCAGACUGGCAAAAUUGGCGGUAUCAGCCUCUCCGAAGUGUCAGCUGCGACCAUUCAGGAAGCUGUUAAGAUUACGAAAAUCGUCGGCGUCGAGGUUGAGCUCAGCCUCUUCUCUACCGACGUCCUCACAAACGACGUUGCUGCUGCGUGCGCCGAACACGACAUCCCCCUCAUCGCCUACUCGCCAGUCGGCCGUGGCUUGCUCACGGGCCAGUUCAAGUCCCGCGACGACCUGCCCGAGGGUGACGUGCGCCGCCACUUUCCACGCUUCCAGCCCGAGAACUUCAGCAUCAACCUUGAGCUCACCGCGCAGAUUGAGCGUAUGGCCGCCAAGAAGGGCGUCACGCCUGCGCAGCUCGCGCUCGGUUGGUGCCGCGCGCUGUCGAGACGCCCGGGCAUGCCGACUAUUAUUCCCAUUCCUGGCACGACUACGGCUGCGAGAGUCAAGGAAAAUGCCAAGCUAGUGGACUUGAGCGACGCUGAGAUGGAGGAGAUCGACGCGACGCUGGCCAAGUUUGAAGUCGCAGGGGGACGGUACCCCGGGGCUCCCGUCAACACCUAA